AUGGAGUUUAGCUUGCUAUUUAUGUUUUUAACUUGGACUGCAGUGAUGACUUAUUUAACGUUUGGUAUCGAGAGAGAUCGCAAGAUGUUUUUUCCUGAUUACUACUUCUUUGCUGAAAGACGUUUGGUAAAACAUACGAUUGCAACAAAAUACGUCAAGAACUUUGAUGACUGCGAGCUUUUGUGCUACUUGAACGACAGCUGUGUCAGUGCUAACUUCAAAAAGGAUCCAGAGAAUGGUGGAAUAGCUUAUGCCUGUGAACUGAAUAACGCCACUCAUCUGGAGCACGAGGUGGACCUGAUAACUGACAUCGUUUUCUAUUACCGUGGGUCUGAGAACGCCUGCAGCAAAAAUCAACUCUGCCAAAAUAACGCAGCUUGUCAGUCUGGUUUCACAAUCAAAGGAUAUCGAUGCUUGUGCCCUUCUGGAUUCGAGGGAGAAUAUUGCGAAAAAGAUAUCGACGAAUGCAAAACAAAUUCGCACGAUUGCAACACAAAUGCCUACUGCUAUAACACAGAGGGAUUGUAUCACUGCUUCUGCAAACCUGGAUAUAUCGGAAAUGGACGGAGUUGUACAGUUGAUCCUUGUCAACUCCACACAGUUUUACAUGAUGAAGAUCGAGACAUAGAGGACGUUGGAGGUAGUGAAUGUGACAGACAACUAAACGCUGGCUGGUAUCGUUUCCUAAACAAGACAGGAAUACGAAUGCCGACUACGUGUCCACCGACUGAUACAAGGUGUGGUACAUCAUGGCCAGGUUGGUUAGAAGGAGUUCAUCCGACGGUGGAAGACGGAAUAGUUGCAAGAACUGUCUACUUUCGAAGGCGUCAAAACUGUAAAGAACUAGCUGUACACAACAUUGAAGUGAAGAACUGUUCUUCCUUCUUUGUUUACCAUUUAAGACCAACCAGUGGAUGUAACUAUCGUUACUGUUACUCCUCUAAGUAACCAUUUCACCCCAUAAGAGUGACUAGCGUGUAAUUUCUCCUUACCAUAUCGCCCCUGAGUCGAGCAUUAGGGUCAGGAGAAUGAAGCAAAUGAUCAACAACCAAAGAAGCUUUAAUUUAGAUGGCAAA